GCAUUGAUUAGAGGAGAAACUUUUCGUCAAGCAACAACAACAACAGUGAUUCAUCUCCGGCUGGAUCAAGUAGUCAUCCUGUAUCCAAGCCCAGAAGUGUUCAUCAUCAGCUUCCAGGGUCGUUUCAUUGUCCCAAAUGAAAUUCGACGACGCAAUCGCAAUCGAAACAUCACAACGAGAGACAUGGACGAUCACGACGCAACCGUGGCCAAGGUUGCAGCACGGGUCAAAGAGUUCCACAAGGACAGGAAGCCCUUCAGGAACUACCACGGCUCGAGCCUGAGCACGAGACCUUCUGGACGGAACCGAGACAACAUCGUCGACACGCGCGCCCUGAACCACGUCCUCAGCGUCGACCCAGCCGCGCAGACCGCAUGGGUCGAGCCCAAUGUCCCCAUGGAUGCCCUCGUCGCUGCCACGAUGCAACAUGGCCUCAUCCCCAAGGUGGUCAUGGAAUUCCCAGGCAUCACAGUGGGCGGCGGGUUUUCCGGCAGUGCCGGUGAGAGCAGCUCGUUCCGCUUUGGUUUGUUUGAGGCCACCAUCGAUGAGAUCGAGAUCAUCUUGCCGACUGGUCAUGUGACGAGGGCAUCAAAACACGACAACGACAAGCGUGAUCUCUUCUGGGGUGCGGCAUCUGCGUUUGGUACGCUCGGCAUAGUAACGCUGCUCCGGGUGCAGCUCAUGGAGGCCAAGAGAUAUGUCCAGCUAACGUACCACGUCACGAAGGGGUCCUUUGAUAGGACCCUCGUGAGGCUGCGUGAGGAGAUGGACAGACAAGACAAUGACUAUGUAGAUGCCAUCAUGUUUACCAAGAGCUCGACUGUGACUUGCUCUGGCCGUCUUGUGGAGGAUCUCCCAACGGGCGAACAGCUCAGGCGCUUCACACGGCGGAAGGAUCCUUGGUUCUACCUGCGGGUGGAGCAAGUCCACGCAAGGCUGCAGCAGACAAGGUCGUCAUCGCCCGAGGGGGACGAGGACCAAGAGGAAAAGACAAUGGUCGACUACAUUCCUCUUGUCGAUUACCUGUUCCGCUACGACCGGGGCGGCUUCUGGACAGGCCGUCAGGCCUUCACCUACUUCAAGGUGCCCUUCAACCGCGUCACCCGCUACUUGCUGGACCCCUUCAUGUACACACGCAUCAUCAACACGGCACAGGCCAAGACGGACUUUGCCUACCACUACAUGGUCCAAGACUGCGGCAUACCCUUUGACAGAUGCCAAGAGUUCAAGACCUACCUCGACGACAAUGUCGGCAUCUACCCCAUCUGGUUGUGUCCAUUGCGCGUGCGCCGGAAUUCGCCCGAUUCCUGCCACGGGAUCCACGCUGCCAUGGGCCGUCCAGACUACCCGGACCUGCUAAACUUUGGUGUCUGGGGGCUCAGCUCGUGGGAUGGGGCUGAGGCCCUCCGCAAGAACCAGGCACUUGAGGCCAUAAUCCGGAGGCUGGGCGGAUGGAAGACGCUCUAUGCGCACGCAUAUUACACCGAGGAGGAGUUCUGGAAGGUGUAUGACUGGGAGGCAUACCACUCUGUGCGCGAGAAGUAUGGUGCUGACUAUCUGCCGACUGUGUAUGACAAAGUGCGUGUCAAGACGACCGUUGUUCCUCAGACUGACGCAGUGGGAGCGGCGGCAGCGGGAAAAUCGACAUCACCAAGAACCAGAAAACGGAAAACCCAAAAAAUCAAAUCCAUAUGGCCCUUUCGGGGACUUAUAGGAGUCUACUAUGUCUUGAAGAGGGAAGAUGUCUUGUUGACAGCCAAGUCUCCUUCCCAGGAAGCCGGCUGA